GAUUCACCGGCCUCAGCGGCCGGGGGGGGGGGGGGCUGUUAGAGAAGGUGCGAGCGGCGCAGCGCGGGGAGCGAGGGGACGAUGCUGGCCUCCCUGGCGUCCCGCCCGCCGCCACCGGGGCUGGCGCGGCUCUUCCGGGCGCGGCCGCCGUGGUUGUCGCCAUCGCAGGCGGCCUACGGAGCUCCGGCGGCGGCUGAGGUGGCCGGAACGGCCGGGCCGCGGUUGUUCCCGGCUUCGACCGCCAGGGGGCGCCGCGAGCCCACGCCGCCGCCGCGGAGCGCGGAGCUGCCAUGGCGGGGCGCGGCCUGGCGGGGGCGGCAGCGGGGCCCGGGGGGGAGACCCCCGCUAACGGGGCCGGGCCCGGGGGGGUCCCCUCUAGCAGUGGGGAGCUCCCCCCUAGCAGCGGGCCCGGGCCCCGGGAGCUCCCCCCUAGCAGCGGGCCCGGGGGUCACCCCCGUAGAUACGGGGCCAGGCCCGAAGGGGACUCCCCGCGCAGAGGGGCCGAGGCGGCAGGUCCCAGGCCUGGCCCUGCUGCGGACCCCCAGGCCGCGAACCACCGGCCUGGCUAACACAGGCUGCCCCGUCCCGGCGGUGUCCCACGGAGAACCGGCACCGUGGCCCUCGGGUGCCGAGCGGGGCUGUCGUCGCGGAGGAGACCCCGGCGGGCGUCGGAGCGGAGAUGGGAGCUGCGCCCCGGGAGCUGCGGUGCCUGCCCUCCUCGCUGCGCUGGCCUACUGCUACAUCAGGGACCACCUCUCCAAGGAAGACGCUCUGCUGGAAGCUGCGAGGAUCAACAACGUUUCGGAAGUCAACAGGUUGUUGCUGGAAGGCGCAGAUGUGAACGCGAGGCACAAGCUUGGCUGGACUGCUCUCAUGGUGGCAGCGAUCAGCAGGAACUCCAGGUACGUUCGUCUCGGCGUUCACCGUCACCUAAGUGGUGUGGUGAAGAUCCUACUGGCAGCUAAUGCAGAUCCGAACCUUGGAGAUGAUUUCAGCAGCGUGUAUGAGACUGCCAAGGAAAAAGGCCUCCAUUCUUUAGAAGUCCUCGUGACCCGGGAAGAUGACUUCAACAACCGCUUGAACAUCCGAGCCAAUUUCAAGGGCUGCACGGCUCUACACUACGCGGUGCUGGCCGAUGACUACCUGACGGUCAAGUUGCUGCUGGACGGAGGUGCCAACCCGCUGCAGAAGAACGAAAUGGGACACACGCCCCUGGAUUAUGCCCGCGAAGGGGAAGUCAUGAACCUUCUGAAAGCGUCGGAGACGAAGUUUCAGGAGGAGCAGCGCAGGAAGGAGGUGGAGGAACGCCGGAGGUUCCCGCUGGAGCAACGGCUAAAAGAGCACAUCAUCGGUCAGGAGAGCGCGAUAGCGACGGUGGGAGCAGCUAUUCGGAGGAAGGAAAAUGGCUGGUACGACGAGGAGCACCCGCUGGUCUUUCUGUUCUUGGGAUCAUCUGGAAUAGGUAAAACCGAGCUGGCCAAGCAGACCGCCAAGUACAUCCAUAAGGACGUGAAAAAGGGUUUCAUCAGGCUGGACAUGUCAGAGUUCCAGGAGAGGCACGAGGUCGCCAAGUUUAUCGGCUCUCCGCCCGGCUACGUGGGCCACGAAGAGGGUGGGCAGCUCACCAAAAAGCUGAGGCAGUGUCCAAAUGCCGUGGUGCUCUUCGACGAGGUUGACAAAGCCCACCCAGACGUCCUCACCAUCAUGCUGCAGCUGUUCGACGAGGGCAGACUGACGGAUGGGAAGGGGAAAACCAUUGACUGCAAGGAUGCCAUCUUCAUCAUGACCUCCAACGUGGCAAGCGAUGAGAUCGCCCAGCACGCCCUGCAGCUCCGACAAGAGGCCACAGAGAUGAGCAAGAAAAGGAUCGCAGAAAACUUAGAGGACGUCCAGAUGACCGACAAGAUAACCAUCUCCAAGCAGUUCAAGGAAAAGGUUAUUCGCCCCAUCUUGAAGGCUCACUUCAGACGAGACGAGUUCCUGGGGAGGAUCAACGAGAUCGUCUAUUUUCUCCCUUUUUGCCACUCGGAGCUCAUCCAGCUCGUCAACAAGGAGCUGAAUUUUUGGGCCAAAAAGGCCAAGGCAAGGCACAACAUCACCCUGCUCUGGGACAGGGAGGUCAUGGACGUGCUGGCUGACGGCUACAACUUGCACUACGGUGCCCGCUCCAUCAAACACGAGGUCGAGCGUCGCGUUGUGAACCAGCUGGCAGCCGCCUACGAGCAGGACCUGCUGCCACGGGGCUGCACCCUGAGGAUCACGGUGGAGGACUCGGACAAGCAGCUGCUGAAAACCAAAGACAGCUCUUCCCCCGCAGCGGAGAAAACAAAGCUGCCCACCCUGCGGUUGGAGAUAGUGGAGAAAGACAGCAAAUCCCGAAAACUGGACAUCCAAGCGCCUCUGAACCCAGAAAACAUUACUUACUUCUUGUAGGCAGCGACGAGCACUCCUGGAGCGCGCGGAUAAUAAAACACCCUGAGACUCGGA